UCUCUCUUUUCUCUCAGUUUCUUCAAGCUUGCUCUAAGCUUUCAUGGUAUCACGAGCCAGGUUGCGACCUCGGGUUUGUUCUUCGAGCUCCAUCGUGCUCCUUCAGCUUAGCUUCGUGUUCAAUUUCACUUUCUCUGUGUUCGAUCUUUGGAUUUGCUACAGAGAUAAGUGCAUCCCUCUCUCAAGACUCUAUCUUCAUGUUCUUGAAAUUUACUGAGAAAUUUACAGAAAUUGAUUAGCUUCGAAGCUUUGUUAUCAUAUACAUUUUGUUCGAUUUUGAUUUGGCACAAGAUACAAUAGUUGAUUCAUAAGAAAUUCUGAGCAUUUGAUACUUUGAAACCCUAGAAUUUUGGGGAUUGUAGUUCAGAAGUUCUCUUUGUCAUGGUUUGUGGUUUCUUUUAGAAUCUAGUUGUUGAUCGAUGAAAAAUUGGUGAAAGAACGAAGUAUACUUUGAUGUACAUCAUCUGGAAGAAAUGAGCUUUGAAGAUUUCUGAGUCUCUUUCAGGUUGCCUUGCAUCAUGGAUACCAAUACAAUGUUACAAAAUUGUCUACUAUCCAAUUUCUACAAUCUCAUUACAGUUCAGUUAGAUGACUCUAACUAUGUAACAUGGAAAUUUCUGGUAGAGACAUUGUUAAAAGGUUGUGGCCUAAUGAGAUAUGUCGAUGGAUCAGUCCCUUGUCCUUCAGAACGCGUGAUUAUGGAAGAAAAUGGGGUUGCAUCUGAUAUAGAAAAGGAGUACAUGAAUUGGGUGCAAAUUGAUUCUGCCAUUAUGUCGAUACUUGCUUCUACUCUAUCCAGUGAUGCUCUCUGCUUCAUUAUUGGAAGUAAGUCUUCUAAGGAAAUGUGGUGUCGACUUAAGGAGAAAUAUGUUGAUGAUUCACGGUAUAACAUCAUGAAUCUCAAAAACUCCUUAUACAACAUCCAAAAAGGCUCAGACUCUAUUGAUAGGUACUUACUUCGAGUCAAGUCAAUAUGUGAUCAGCUUGCUACAAUGGGAGUUUAUAUGGAUGAUGAGGACAUGGUAGUCUCGAUUCUCCAUGGUUUGCCCUCAGAGUUUGCUACCAUAAAAGCUGUAAUAAGAAUCAAAACACUAAGCUCCCCUGUUUCAAUGAGAGAAUUAAGAUCUCUUUUGCUCAUUGCUGAAGAUGAGAUUGAACAAACUGUGAAGUCUAUCUAUGCUCCUGCAAGUAUUCCUUUGUCACCUCUGGCUGCUAUGGCUGCACAAAAUAAUCUUGUCAACUCAUCUCAGAAAAUGCAAUAUGGGAUAUCAAAUGCAGGAGCACCACCCAAUGCAUUCUUUCCAUCUCCAUAUGUUGGUAAUUGUUUUGUGUCAUCUACUUCACAUACUACUGCACCUAUUAUUGGUUUGAUGCCCUCAUUGUCUAUCAGUAAUGGUGCAGUUAAUGGGGCAUUCAAUGGUACUCGACAACUACAAUCACAAGUACACAAUGUUGCAUAUGGUGAUGGUUAUUUUCAGCACAAUGGAGGUUUUUCACAACAGCAAAGUAGUGGUGGUUUUCAGCAAAACAAUGCCCUUCAAUCUAUUGGUAACCUAUCAUACAGUGGAUCUAAAUCUCAAGGUCAAGCUCAACAUGAUGUCAAGUUUAGUAAAGGCUGCUCAAAAUCAAAAGGUGGUGUGUCUCAACACAAUGUGAGUUCUUAUCAUAAGUCAAGAAACUCUAACUCAGGUGAUGGAUUUUAUAUGCAUAUUCUACCAAUUCUUGUUCCCCCUGAAAAACCUGUUGCACAUGUGAGUAUUCCACAACAAAACGAUAAAAGUGAGCCAAGUAGUUCUAUUAUGGGUGCUACUGCUACUACACCAGGAGAGAUUUUGGUAGGAACAGGUUUUGAGAAAAUGAAGGAUGAACUUGGAGUAAAUGUCAUAUUGGCUGCUAAGACAGGAAAUGAAGGUACAAUGAAACGAUAUGAAGAACUUGAAGUUUCCUCUAUUCUUAACACUACAAAUGGUCCUGCUACUAUCGAUAGUGUGAUUAAUUCGAGGAAGGGAAAUAUCAGCAAAGGUGAUGAUUUUCAUAUUGUUUCCAGUAGUGAUCAAAUGAAGCAUUUUACUUCACUGUCUGGAAGCAUGAGACCAAUGGUUAGAGUCAAGCAAGUUGAGCAACAGUUAAUAGAAAGCCAAAUGGAUUUGGCCAACACUGGCAACUUGGUAUCUCAGGCAAUGGAGCUCCAGAAAGUCAAAAUUAUGAUGAAUUGUAGGAGAGCUUGUCAAUCAAUGGAGUUAUGGCCAUCACUUCCUCUUCUUCAUCCUGGUUGAAACAAACAUUACUUGCUGGCUUGCUGCCUUUCUCUAGUUUUCUCGAAAGCUUCUUUUACAAAUAUGAUGGUGCUAAGGAGGGGUAUUACAACCUACUUGUCACUAGAGACAAGGUUAAAGAUGGUUCUAUCCGGUUGCAGUUUGUCUCCACUCAUGAUCAACUUGCUGAUUUGUUUACCAAAGGCCUAUGCUCCCCUCAGCAUGUCUACCUCUGCCAUCACCUCAUGUUGGGUCCUCUCCAUCUGUCACCUCUCUGUUCUUCAUCAGUUCAACUAGUCCAGCUUGAUGACCCGCCUCCCCAUCAAGCUGAGGAGGGGUGUUAGAAUAUAUUGCAAAAGUCAAAUCAGGGAUUUCCUUUUUUACCUUUAGGUUAUUAGAGUGUUACACAUUAUUACAUGGUUAUUAGGUUGUUACACAUAGUGUAAGUUGUUACACACAGUGUAUGCAUGUGCUGCAGCUCUUCUUAACAUGUGACUAGAAGAUAGUGGUCUCUGUUACUUAGUUGGUUAAUUGGGCUUCCUAUAUAUACCUUGACCUAUUCUCAUUGUAACUAAGCUAGUCAAUUACGUCUCAUAUAUACAGAGGGUUUCUCUUUUCUCUCUCUCUUUUCUCUCAGUUUCUUCAAGCUUGCUCUAAGCUUUCACCAGCCACCCAACAGAUCCAGCCUAACACAGGCAGGAUCUCCAACAAAACAGCCCCUAAGAUUUACCAACUGAGAUUAGAUUACUAAAUAGCCCCUGCCGUUAAGGAGGCAUUCCAGAAUUGAGAGCAAACGUAAUGGCAUAUGGUCUGACUCUGCCGACGAAUCCCAAUCAUAACUUUUUCCUUUCCAGGGAGCUGAUCGCGAUUUGCAGUUGCAUGCUGAUGACGUGUACUUCACUCUCCAGAAUUCUUCCGCAGAAGGAGUUCAGGUUCAACAGCGCGACGCGUCCAAGAGUGCAAGACGUCCAAAAAGUUGGAUUUUAUGGAGUUCUUGAUACGUUACCUCAAGCUAUGACUAGGAGUCCCGUUAUGCUUGAGAGGCUUGUAUAAGACCUGAAUACCUUAGCGUUGAUCAAGGAGGAAGCUUACAUCGUGGAAAGAAUGGGUCUGCAGGGACCAAAAGUUGUCUUACUCAUGAGCAAGCGGCACAGUUAUCUCAAAAGGUAAUAGCCCGGAUGCCGGAUGCUGACAUAUGUGGGAUUUGAAGGUUCCUCAGAAGUUCCAAUUGAAGUUUUCUCUCAGUUGCUAAGCUGUCAUAUCUGUAAAUUGGGUAGCAGCUUGAAAGUUCUUACUGAUAGUUACAGAAAGCAGUGUUCAGCAAUUGAACUAUUGAAGAUGUUCCUUCAAACAGUGGGAUAUAGUAAUUUUGGCCCUCUGGCUGAUCAAGUCAAGGAUGGCUCCAGGAAUUUCCAUCCACAAGGUCAGCAGCAAAUUCAUGGAAUGCAGUCACAGUUGCAGCCACAGCACCAGAAUCCUAUUCGACUACCCCAACAAAUAUCGAGACAAAUGCAUCCACAGAUGCAGCAAAUGCAGCAGAUUCAGCAAAUGCAGCAAAUUGCCCAAUCCAAGAAUGUGCCAUUUCAGCAACAACAGCAGAUAGAAAGAAUGCGAAGACUUCAACCAUCUAUUCCUCGUGCUGGUAUGGACAUGGUACAGGACAGACCAAUGGUCCAGGUCAAGAUUGAAGCUCCAUCAGAGUUACCCAUGGAUAGUAAUGCCUUCAACAAUUUCAAUAACAGACAUCCCCAAUUGCAGUUCAGACAGCAGCAAAUUCCUGCAAUGUCGAAUCCUACAAUGCAAAAUGUCCCUGCUCAGUCAGGGAAUCAGUUUAGACAGAUGCCUUCUUCACAAAUUGCACAAAUUCAAUCACAGUAAGGAAAAUCUGAUGGAAGAAAUAAAGUUCCUGAACCUUCAUGUGAAUGACGAUUCACUGAAACUCUAGAACUCUCUCAUGCGUGCAGGAACGCUGGUGUUCUUAGAGCUCGACCAGUGAAGGUUGAAGAUUUCCAGGAAUUAAUGGGGGGACAUGCUUCAUCAAAGCAUGAUUCAGACGAAAAUACGCUGACCUCCCCAAAAUAGCUCCCCUCAUCAAGUAAAUAACUUGCCACUGUCUGAACAGUCGGUACACACUCCCCGCAUCUGUGCAUGCUACAUGUUCUGACCUUCUUAAUUAUGUCUUACAUAUGUUGUAAAAGCAUGUUUGCAAUGUAUACUAACCCGUGCUUGGUGUAAUGAUAGUUUGAUAACAGUAAUGAACUUCUUUAACAGUUGUAGGUUUAA